CGGCCGUUUCCCAUCCCCCUGUAGAGCGCGAAAAGGAUCCAUCUGGUUGGUUGGAUGGACGAGUAGAUAAUUGCUUGCUUGUUGGUAGAUGAUGGGUAAGUGCAUUAGGAAUGUUGACUUGCUAAUUGAUGUAUUGGCUGGUUUCCCGAUGCAAGAUUUGGGUUGGUGGAUCUGAUAUCCACCCCCCUGAACUUUGGGAGCUCAAAAAGGUUUGAAGCUUGGGGUCUAGCCUGCCUGCAAGGCAUUGUUGGUACCGGGCUGGCACCCGACGACAUGGGCUGUGUACUUUUGACAGUUGGCAUGGGUUGGAUGGGAUGGAUGAAGUAAGUUUUAAGUGUAGGUGACAGUAGGAGCAGGAUCUACUUCACUGGGGUAUGGUUUGGUAUGGUAGGGGUAUGAGUGGAGCAGAGCUUGCGGGUACAUGGGAGGCAGGAGGAUUAUUGCUUAAAGGAUCUGACGUCCACGUCCACAUUCUUGAACUUCACUCUGAAUGUUGGUUUGGAGGAGUUUCUUAAGUCAGCCAGUCAGUCGUUACUUUGUGUUGCUUUCUUCAAUUUUCAUCAUCGAAUAUUUCGACUUUCGACGGGCGUGGCGUAUUACGAUUUGCUCCUUACAUUUUACUUAGCAAAAGAAGCAGCUGGGAACGAAGAUGGACGGGGCUAGUCAGGAAGAAGCUGGACCUGAGAUGAGGGAAACUGCAAUAGAAGACAACUUUAGCCCCGGGGAUGAACCAUCGAAGAUAUGUGCUGGAUUAGAUAUGAGCGCAGAACCUGAGGAGAGUCGCACUCCUGACUUUCCGCUCCUUGGUCCGAUCUUAGUCGUUGGUGGAUGUGGGUUCGUCGGCUCCAACCUCGUCCGCACCCUCCUCGAUGACCCCGAAUCCGGCCCCAUAACCGUCAUCUCACGCACACCCCAAAACAACCAACAUUCCGGCGCCUCCUACUUCACCGGGUCCAUCAGCGACGAAACACGCAUGCGCGAACUUCUCUUCAAGAUCCAACCCCGCAUCAUCUUCCAUCUCGCCUCCGCACCACCAGAAGCCCCUCUCAAAGAACAAAAUACCACCAACGUGCGCGGCACGCAAAUCCUGCUGAAAUGCGCGAGUAGACUGCCGUUUGUGAAAGCACUAGUUUUCACGUCUAGUUUUGAGGCUGUAGAGACCGAUCCGAGGAACAAGCAGCUGACUGAGAAGAGUUGCAAGUUGCUCACUGACAAGAGCGCCGCGAUGCCGUAUCAGAAGAGUAAAGGGAUUGCAGAUGCGCUUGUCUUGGCAGCGAAUGGUGAAAGUCUCAAGACGGCCGUUCUGAGGUUGCCGCCUGUAUAUGGAGAGGGUGAUCCGAGACUCAUUCCGAGUAUCCUGGGUAUGAUGAGGCAGGGGAAGCAGAAUAUGCAGAUCGGUCCUGAUAAGCAUGUUUUAGAACAUGUGUAUGUGGGGAAUGCGGUGAUGGCGCAUGUAUUGUGUGGGAAAACUCUGCUUGCUUCAUCCUCGCAGUUGGCUUUGACGAGUAUGGAUGGCGACGGUCGCAUGGUAGCAGGACAGGCUUUCUUCAUCACUGACGGCCAGCCUAUGUCCUAUUAUACAUUCGCACGCAAAAUCUGGUACAUCGCUGGCGAUCGGACAGAGAAAGCGCAUAUACGGCAUGUCAGCUUCUGGUUGGUUAUCGUGACGGCUUGGAUGAACGAGAUCUUCUAUUUCAUUUUUAGCGCAGGCCAGAAGAGACCGCAGGUCGGGACAUAUGAUAUCAAGGAGUUGACUAGAGGCGUCAAUUGGAGUAUUGAGAAGGCGAGGUCAAGGUUGGGAUAUGAGCCCGGUGGGAUGGAAGAGGGUCUUAGGCGGAGUGUGGAGGGAGCGAUCUAUGAUGAGGAGAUGAGGAGAUUGGUAAGAGAAGGUGGUGGAUAG